AUGGAGGAGGGGGCAGAGGGGCUUGCUCCGGUGGCUUGGUUGAGGGAGAAAAGCUUGUCCCCGCCCCGAAGAGCCGCCAGCCCGGAAGCUGGCGGAGGAGAAGGAAGUGUGAGCACAGCGCCUGAGCUUGCUCCCGGCAGCAGCCCUCCCCUUACAACUGGUCUACCUGCAGAGCGGCCCACCCCGAUGUCGCGCCGGGUUUUGGAGCAUGCAGAUUCAGUUCCGGAGGAGGAAGUGGGAAGAAGCCCAGAAGCAAGAGCUGGUUCUGCCGUCGGGACUGAGGGGGACGAGAGAGAGCAAGAACUUGAGGGGUCACAGGCAGCAUCAGAUCUCAGGCGGAGGCAACAGAGCGGAGACGAACAGAACUCGGGGGCCAUGAGCGGGAAUGGCAUUGGAAACACUGUGGGCGAGGACAGCGGUGGAGCAGAUCGUUGUGGGGCUGAGAGCAGCUUGGGUGUUGCUGCUGGGGGGUCAGAGCACGAUGGCGUUGCGAGCGAGGAGCUGGGGGCGUCAGACGGGAGGCAUUCUGGUGACCACGGGGGUCUAAGCGAGGACGAAGAGAGCGGAGGGCAGGAGCCUGGGUCCUGGCUUGGGGAGCGAGUUGCGCAACUGAGCGAAGGUUUGUUUGUGUCUAAGGCUCCUAUGGAGUGGGCUCAAGCAAAGAUUCAACUCCGGAAAGCGGUCAGUGAUGCCAAGUUUAAGAAGCAAGGUUGGUGGAAAGGGUGCCGGCUUGACAACAUGAAAGGCGCUCUAGAGGCAAUGGAGUUGUUGGACUGUUCAAGCUCAAAAACGCUGGGUCUUGCGGAAGCAUGGGAAUGUUUGAGGUCCGUGGGUGGUCAAAAGGGGGUGACUUCAGGAAGCAAGAUCGAGGGAACUGUUGGAAGGUGUUGCUGUCCAAUGGCCCUUUCAUUGCCGUUGUGA